AUGAUAUUAGUAAUUGAAUAUUCGGAGCAAUUAAAGUCGUAUUUGAACAAAUACGCUAUAAAAAAUUAUGAUUAUUCACAAUUUCAAAAUAUCAAAACCAUCGGAAAGGGAGCAUAUGCAACUGUGUAUUCAGCUACUUUCCAAGAAGAAGUGUAUGCAUUAAAAAGCCUAGACAAUAAUUUGGGUUUAGACGAAAGAGAAUUUAACCAAUUACAACGUGAACUUAAACUUCUUUAUGCAACUAAGCAUUCUAACGUUGUAGAAUUCUAUGGAAUUUCACAAG